GUUUGUAGAUUAUAUAUAAUAAGAAUAAUUUAAUGAUGAUGAAUUCCAAUGAAAAUGAAGUUCUCGGUGAAGAUGAAUAUGAUGAAAAUGGAGAUGUCGACGAAGAAAAUAUUAGACGACCGUUGCCACUUUGGGCGACCCCUCCUUGGCCUGAGUGGAGUGAUUCAGCAAUUGAUAUAGAAGUUUGGGAGGAAAAUGAAUCCGUUCAAAGAUUCGUCGAUCCCACCGGCAGUAUUCUACCCCCAACCAUCCGCCCCGUGAGAUGGAUUCGACCAGAAGCGUUACUAGAACCAGCAAUAUUAGUAGAUUGGAGCGCAACAAAAAUUGAUCUAAUAAACGCAAAUAUUCAUAUAUGUGAAAAAUCAGAUAUGAUUCGUUUCAUGUUGAGUGAAAUCUCUGAAUUGUACGACUACGGACUUAGCCAUACUUUCCAGUUGGAAGGAGAAGGCACUGUGUUCAUUCCAAAUUCAGAUCACCACAAUGCUUCCUGGAAACCGUGGGAUCACAUAUAUAGCAGAUGCAAGGCUGGCGUGAAAGGGGACAAACCGACGAUGAACCGUAUUGGAAAAUAUUAUGUCCGAUUGUAUUUCAUGGGUGCUUGGCGUCGGAUUACGGUGGAUGACAGAAUUCCGCUAAUAAAAGACGACAUAUUAGGACUCCCAAUUUCUAGCAGCAACGAAUUGUGGCCUCUUAUUCUUGUAAAGGCUCUAGUAAAGCUUGCAUCCUUGUCAUGGAGUCAUGAAAUUAGUGAAGGUCUUGACAAAGUCCACCGUUUUAGUACAAUCUCAGCUCUUACGGGUUGGGUUCACGAAUGGAUAGAUGUAGAGAAUCCUAUCAGUAGUCAUAAAUUGUGGAAGGAAUUGAACGACAUGCUUCCCAAGUACAAUGGUCAAGCACAAAUAACGUCCAACUUCUGGACGACUGGCAAGACGAAAAAAGAACGGACCCUAGAGGAAAUUGCUGCCGACAAAAUGAGAGCUGAAAAACAGUCAGAACUUCCUCAUGAUUUAGCAAAGCGCUGGUGGACCCUCACUCCUCUCGUAUCGAGAGAUCCUGACAUGGAUUACCUAGAAUAUUCGGACUCUGAUGGUGGUGAAUCGAUUGCAAACGAAUCCGAAUAUCCAUCAUCAACUGCACAGUCGCUUUUUUCUGUAAGCGAGAUGGACGCUGCGGACGAAGCUGAAGAGGAUACCGAGUUUGAAGAACUCGCGAAAAAGAAGCAACAAGAGAUGACUGCAGCUCUAGCUUCGACGAAGAAGGGAAAGAAGGAAAAGUCGAGAAAAAAACGGGGCGAUAGAGAAAGAAGUAAAUCAAUUGUCGAUAUUUCAGCAAUCAUUGCUACAAGUGGGGAAGAAACUAAAAUAGAGGAUGCUCAAACCCUGAGCGAAACUGAAGCUGCAGAAGCUGCUGAUGGUUUUGAUACAGAUAAAGACGAAAGUUCCAGGAGAGAAACGUCAAAAAGUUCUGGAAAGAAAGAAGGAAAAAAAGGUGGCGCAAAAAAGGACAAAAAGAAAAACUCUACAGACAGAGACAAAUCACAAACGGCACUUAUCGAAGAAAGCAUGGAGAGUGUGGGUGGCCAAGUAGAAUUUGCUGAAACUGGAGGACCUGGAAAUGAAAUUGCCAUUCAAACUGGAAUGGACGAUUUAGACGGAGGUCAGAAAUCGUUUCUAAAACCAAAGACAGGACCUGGAGGAAAAGGGAAAGCACCAGGAAAGAGAAUGGAACGUUUAUCCGAGAAAAUCCGCAAAAAGAGAAGCACUCGCUUCAGCAUGCGCAUGAAAAAAUUUCAAGACGUUGUUGACAGUAUUGUUUCUGUCUCUUUGGACGACGAAGAAACGGAAGACGAAACUCUUGGUUCACUUGAGUUCGUGGCUGAUGAUGAGCAACUUCAGACCAAAGCCCAAGGUUCCAAGGAGUCCAAAAAAAGUCGAAAAUAUAAACAGUCCCCCCCAACAGAACUCGCUCCCGUCCCACCCGUCGAACCUGCACCCGAGGAACCACCACCAAUUGAAUCGAAAAAACUGUCUUUCAUUGUUUCCAAAGAAGUUGUAAAACCUUUGAAGCGAGUAAAAGUUAAAAUUCCCAUGAUACAAGACAUUUUAGCAGGAGUUCAAAAAUAUUUGGGGACGGAUAACGCUCCACUCGUUGAUGCAUGGGAAUCCAUCGUAGGAAAAACUCUCCCGGAUGCUAUCACAGUCGUUUUGUCCUUGUAUCCGAGAGUGGAGGAACAAGGAACCAUUGUCCCAUCGUUUCUAUAUCAUCCCAUUAAUUUCGUCGAGGUGCGAGACACACCGUUAGCGAAAGAUCCUGACCGUCCAAAAACUCCGCUGUGGAAGUCAUUUCGCUGGAAGGGAUGGGCCAUGAAGAAAGGGUUGAUACCAAUGGAAACGGAUCCUGACCAGAUUCGAUGUAUCAAAGCAAAGACGCCAUUUGCCCUCAAAACACAUUGGUACCACUCCCGACUGGGCAUGACCCAUGUGGAAACCCUUACUCGAAAAAGUGAAGAGGAAGAAGAGGAAGAACAUCUGCUUGGAUAUGCACCACAAGGAACUGCAAUAGAAGAUGUCUGUGGGGGUGGUCGGCCUCCUGGAGGAUCCCCGGUGCCAGUUAUCGAAAUUGUCAGUGUUAAUGUUGAUCAACCAAUAGUACCCACUCCUGGUGCUGCUCGAACUUCAGUUCCGCUCAAGACUCCAACAACGACUGCAGGAGAUGCUCGACCAAAGCGACGAUCUUCUGGGAAAAAAUUGUCCAUCAGUCAGAAAAAACUUUCUACUGGUUCCAAUCCUGGUGGAGGAACAAAAGGGAGGAAUUCUCGAAAUUCUCACACCCCACACAAAGAAGAUCCCCACAACCAUUUGACUAUUCAUCCUUCUCACCACUCCACCCACUCAGGCGGCCUACAUUCUCGACAUUCUACAGGAGCAGGAUUAGGCGGACACCAUCACAAAAAACAUGGUCACGGGACGAAAGGAGGAAAAGGUGGCAAAGAACGAGACAUUUCAAACAGUGACGAUGAAACUUGGUUGGGAGAAGUGGAUGAGAACGAAAGCGCUCCGUUACCAACACCUGCUUCAGACAUUGGUCCCAUGGAAAUUAUCCCAUCUACUGCGUGUGGUUCAGUCUGGUUUCACUGUGAUAAUGUUUCAUCGUACAUUCGAAAAAUAUGCAAAUUCUACUCAACUCGUACAAUUUUCGGGUCCUGUUUCACACUUCGUCGCAAACCGGAGUGGGUUGGUGAAACAAAUACUACGUCACCGAUCCAGAUCACAUUAACCCCGGACGAAAUUCCUGAUAAAACAAUGGUUCUGGCUCAAAACAACUUUGCUGAUCUCCACGCCGUUCCUGACAGUUUUAAUCUGACCAUUCAAUUUGAAAAGUUCAAGGUUUUGAAUGUUGAGAAUUUUCAUCUAGAUAAAAGUGCUGGGGUGGAAUCUGCUUUCUAUUUGUUCAGCGAUUGUUGGAUGGAGCAAGAAAUUUUGAUUUCAUUGGAUGUAUUGCAAGCAUUGGAUAUUACGGGAUAUGCCGAGAAAACGAAUACCAUUGCCUGGAAUUAUGCAGCAGAAUCAGAUAUGUAUAAAAAUUCUCCCGAGGACGAAGAAAGCACAGCUCCCUUGUCGUCAGUCAACGUGGGUGUGGUCCUUGAACCAUGGGAUUGGAGGAAAGAUUGUUGCAUGCAAAAGCCACUGGUUCAUUUCUUGACAGAUACGCACUGGUCGGCUCAUGUUACCUUGCGUCCAGGUCGGAGCAUGUUUCGAAUAUGGGUUGCUGAAAAUCCUGAAGAAGGCGAAGGAGUCUAUAACGCCAAUCCGUACACGAUGUCGCCAUACGUCGUAAAAUUUUCCGCCAAGACUCCUAUACACAUCGGACCCCGAGAUGAAAUGUUCAAUUACAUGACAAAUGAACCUGUCCUACUUCUCAAGCAAGCUGAAAACCUGGCACAAAACAUUUGGACAUUGUUCAUUUUAUUUGGACGACCUAAAGCGUCGUACGCAAUUAGCUUGCGUAGUUUACACAAAUCAUACUGUCCAUCAUACCAAGAGCCCAAUGUUAUCAACAGAAAACUGAAAAACGUUCAUGUUUCUUUCGAAAACAAGUUCCUAGCUUUGGUCACGGAAUUGAACCAGGGACCACCGAACCGAAUGAUGAUUCUGGCUAUGAGAUGCUUGUUCUUAAAUCCGUCGUUGGGCGAAAUUAUUAUCGACCUGGUACCUCCAACUCCGUCAGCAGAACAAGAAGAUGCUAGUUUGUUACCAGAAGGAGGUGGUUUUGAUAUUACUGAAGCCAAGGAAGCAGCAACUCUCGUCAUCCAGUCCUACCUCAGGGGAUGGUUAGUUCGUCGACUGUUUCUGUUUAGGACGAAAGGACAUCCGAAAUAUCCUCGGAUUGAAUACCAAAUUCGAAAAAUUGCAUACUUACUGGCCUGCAAUACUGAUUCCACAUUAACUCAAACAAUCCCAGUGGUGGACCCAGUUGUUUCAACUGAUGCGCCGCCUCCUGACCAAAAGGCCAAAUCGGAACAAAGUCUUCUAAAUAUGAACAGCAACAUUAGUCUGGAACAAGGUGAAGAAGAGAACGGAGAAAAUACUGCAACUGUAGAUCCUGCAAGUCACUCUGCGCCCGAAAGUUCCCCAAAUGUUGCACCCACACUCGUCCCAAAUCCACCAAAAUGGGCAGUCAAGCUAUUAAAUGAUCUCUUAAAAGAAUUCCCACUACUAAUUUCCCUGUACCCGCAUGCAUACUGUCUGCCGCAUCACGUCAGAAUCCGUGACACGGAAGGUGUCAUGCCGUCGCUAGCAAAUGACUCUCAUUGCGCCCCCUUUUUCCGGCGUGUAGUUUCCAUCGUUGGAGAAGGCAAUUGGUGCACUUGCCUAAUUCAACUUCAAGUCACUCCAGCCACCAAUGUCGUGUUGAGAGUGAUUGAUAACGACACUGAAACAUGUCUGGAAGCUCCAACAUUGCAUUUUUUCCUGGGAAAACUUCAAUACAACAAGAAUGGCUACACGAUUUUGUGCUAUCGUUUAAUCAACGAAUCCAGUUUCUCACCCGAACAACAGGAAGAAAUGCCAUUAUGUCAUCAUUGGAAGAUACGCAUCGUGACGCCACGAAUACAGGAACAUUUAGUUUACGCAGACGAAAUUCACCAACAUCAUCACCACCACCAUCAUCAUCACAUUCCUCCUCCUCCUCAAGAGAGUAGCACCUCCUAAUAUGUACACAUCUUGGAAAGAAAUCGGAUUAUUUAUUUCUUCAACUUUCUUUCCUUGUGCCAGAACACUUGACAAACUCAACUCUGAUUUUAGACUGAUCUGCUAAAAAAUAAACUGCUCUCAGGGACAAA